AUGGCGAAGGAUUGGCGCGGCGGUGACCGCGUUGAGGUGGAACGAGUUGUUUCCGGCGCAGCGGUGUACUUCCCGGCGAUUGUGGUUAGCGAACCUUCGGUGAGAAAGAAUCUCGUUUGGGUUGAGCAUGAAGCUCUCGUUGUUGGAGGUUCCGUACGUAUGAAGGAGUACGUGGUUCCCACGCGCCUCCGCCCAUCUCCGCCGUUCGAACCCAACCGGAGCUUCAAGGCUGGCGAUGAGGUCGAUGUCUUCAGAGAAAUCGAAGGUUGCUGGGUUAGAGCCAAAGUGACGGCUGUUCUUGGAGAUUCGAGGUACAUUGUGAGGUUUAAUGGCGAAAAUCGUCCAGAAACAGAGGUUGAUCACUUUAAUCUGAGGAUGCAUCGUGAAUGGGAAGAUGGCGCUUGGGUACCGUCUUCUCUUCCACAGGGAAAUUACUUGGAAUCUAUCCACAAAGGUAUUAAACUGAAGAUAAAAUGCAGACAAAGAGAUGAUCAAUAUGAGAAGGGGGCUAUUGUGGAAGUCAGAAGUGAAGAUGAAGCUUAUAAGGGUUCUUGGUAUUGUGCACGCAUAGUUAGUGUAUUAGGUGAUGGUAAGUACAUUGUUGAACACUUGAGUAUUAAAAGAGAUGGUGAUGUAUCUAUCCCUCUGAGAGAUUUGGUAGAAGCUCAGAACAUGAGACCAGUUCCUCCUCAAGCACUUUUGUCUGUUGCGCGAUAUGAACCAGGGGAUGAAGUUGAUGCUUGGUUCAACAAACGGUGGUGGAUUGGUAGGGUCUCUAAAGUGCUCGGAGGAGGUUCUAAGUAUUUAGUUUAUUUCAGCGCAACUGGUGAAGAACCGAUAGUCCUACAUUUCAAUUUGAGACCCCGCAAAGACUGGAUCAAUGGACAGUGGAUUAAUCCUUCUAAGGAAGAAUGCUGCAAACCUCUAUCGAAGAAGCUGAAAUCAUGUGAGAGAGCAGUGAAGGGGUUUAACAAGGGAAUGAUGGUGGAAGUAAGAAGCGAUGAACAAGGUUACGAAGGCGCGUGGUACUCUGGGAAGAUCCUAAACUACUUAGGGGAAAACAGAUAUAUAGUGGAGUAUCAAACACUGAGAACAGAUGAUGAAAGGGAGUUGUUAACGGAAGAGGCAAGAGGUUCAGAUAUAAGACCUGUUCCUCCUACAUUGAUUCAAAGGGCGUGUCGAUACGAAUUGAACGAAGAUGUGGAUGUUUGGUACAACGAUGGAUGGUGGUCUGGACAGGUCUAUAAGAUAAACAACAACUACACGCGAUACGGUGUCUACUUCAAAACGACUGAUGAGAAAUUGGAGUUUGAGUACAGUGAUCUAAGGCCUUGCCAAGUGUGGAGAAAAGGGGAAUGGACUCGUCCUUAA